CGAUAUGAUGCUCAAAUCUCAGUAUUUGGAGCCAGGCUUCAAAAUAAAAUGGAAGAAACUAAAGCAUUUAUAGUAGGAGCAGGUGCUCUUGGAUGUGAAUUCUUGAAGAAUUUAGCGCUAAUGGGAGUUUGUUGCAGCCCAAAGGGGAAGCUAACAAUAACAGAUGAUGAUGUCAUUGAGAAGAGUAAUCUUAGUCGGCAGUUUCUAUUCCGUGAUUGGAAUAUUGGGCAGGCAAAAUCCACUGUAGCGGCAGCAGCUGCUGCUGCCAUCAACCCUAGUCUCCAUAUUGAGGCCCUGCAAAAUCGUGCUAGUCCUGAAACAGAAAAUGUGUUUGAUGAUUCUUUCUGGGAGAGCUUGGAUGUUGUUAUAAAUGCUUUGGACAACGUAACUGCAAGGAUGUAUAUGGAUGGAAGAUGUUUGUAUUUCCAGAAGCCAUUGCUGGAGUCUGGGACCCUUGGUACCAAAUGUAACACUCAAAUGGUUGUACCACAUUUUACUGAGAAUUAUGGCGCCUCUAGAGACCCGCCAGAAAGACAGGCACCUAU